GCGAAGAGGCCAUCUCGCUCCCCUUUGCUGCCCGUGGGUCACCAGGUCAACCAGUUCCCCCGGUCUUGUCAACCCUCGCCGUUAAUUCCUUCGUAUCCCAUCCCAUUGUCCCCCCGACUCUCACCGGUGAGAGCACCAAUCACCCAUCAUGGCUCUCUUCCGCAAUUGCAGGACUGUCACCGUGCAGCUCCGCGGUUUCGCCUCAUCCUCCUCUCGACGGGUCGGACCCGAGUCUCCCAACUUCAUCGAUGUCCCUGGAACCAUUCAGCCCGAUUUCCCUUCCAAGCCCCGUGUCAAGGGUACCCUCCCCGUCCCCAAGGAAAUCUUCUCCGUCCGCCGCAAGGACAAGCCGAGCCCGGAAUACAUCGAUGCUGCGGCACGUCUCCCCUCGAAAGAGCCCGAAAUCGACCCCCAAGACCCCCAUGCCGAAUACAUCCAGCGGAAGAGGGACAUGGCGGAGAUGCGGAGACAGAACCUCCACCAGGGUCUCACGGAAUUGCACGCCCGGAAGCAGUGGACGGACAAGAGAAUGAAAGAGCGGAGUUUGGAGAAGCAGGAGCGCCGGGAGCGUAUCUUUCGCCAGCCGGAGAGAGAAGAUGAGCGGUUGACCCGUCCUUCGGUGACCCAGGACCUGUUGAACCACACUGUGCUGCCGGACUCGGGGCGCGAAGCCCGUCUGGCCCAGUCCCAGGCAAACUAUGCCGACCAACAGAACCGGAAGGAACACGAGCGUCAAGAUAUGCUGCAGGAGCUUUACAUGAACGCGCGUAAUUUCAUCAUCACGGAGGAGCAACUCGCAGAGGAGAUCGCGAGGGUCUUCCCCGAUGGCGAGAACGAGGCAUGGCGCAGUGACGGCCAGAACGGCGAGAACAUCUGGAACCUGGGUAACCCCCAGACUGUCCAGUCGAUUGUCAACGACUCCAAGAAGAAUGAGACAUCUCGCUGGGAUCUUUACCAGGAAAGAGUCAAGAAGCUCGGAGAGAAUAUCACCGGCGGCAAGCUGUGAGAGCUGUGCCUAUCGGGAGGGUUGUAUAUUACAUGUUUCUCAUAGUUCGAUAUUUCCUACUGUCGUACAAUUGAUUUGGUUUGUACUAGCUUUGCUUGUUUGUAUACCUAAGAUCGUUAUAAGAAUAUGAACAAUUUUAUUUGCA